CCAGAGUGUUUCGGCCUGUUCAUCCUCUCCCUUGCACACCAUAAUCUGCUAUCUACUCUAUAUUUAACUUCUGCUCACUUCUCUGGAAGAUUCCAGCCAGCACCAUGACUGAUAAUGAGCUGUCUGCCUUGGUGGUAGAUAAUGGGUCAGGGAUGUGCAAGGCAGGUUUUGGUGGUGACGAUGCCCCCCGGGCUGUCUUCCCCUCCAUGGUAGGGCGCCCCCGGCACCAGGGAGUCAUGGUAGGCAUGGGUCAGAAGGACUGCUAUGUGGGGGAUGAGGCUCAGAGCAAGAGAGGCAUCCUGACCCUGAAGUAUCCCAUUGAGCAUGGAGUAGUCACCAACUGGGACGAUAUGGAGAAGAUCUGGCACCACACUUUCUACAACGAGCUCCGUGUGGCACCGGAUGAGCAUCCCAUCCUCCUCACCGAGGCACCCCUCAACCCCAAGAUCAACCGGGAAAAGAUGACUCAGAUCAUGUUUGAGGCCUUCAAUACACCAGCCAUGUAUGUAGCUAUCCAGGCUGUGCUGUCUCUCUAUGCCUCGGGGAGAACCACAGGCAUCGUGAUGGAUUCUGGUGAUGGAGUUACUCACACCGUGCCCAUCUAUGAAGGUUAUGCCCUACCUCAUGCCAUUCUACGUCUAGAUCUGGCUGGCAGAGACCUGACUGACUACCUCAUGAAGAUUCUGACAGAACGAGGCUACAACUUCACCACCACAGCCGAGCGGGAGAUUGUCCGUGAUGUCAAAGAGAAACUGUGCUAUGUGGCCCUGGACUUUGAGCAAGAGAUGGUCAGUGCUUCUGCAUCCUCCUCACUGGAAAGAAGCUAUGAGCUUCCUGAUGGGCAAGUGAUCACCAUUGGGAACGAACGUUUUCGAUGCCCUGAAUCCAUUUUCCAGCCUUCCUUUUUGGGCAUUGAGUCCAGUGGGAUCCAUGAGACAACCUUCAAUUCUAUCAUGAAGUGUGAUGUGGAUAUUCGCAAGGAUCUAUAUGCCAACACUGUCUUGUCUGGAGGCAGCACAAUGUACCCUGGCAUUGCUGACCGAAUGCAGAAGGAAAUCGUAACUCUGGCACCUAGCACAAUGAAAAUCAAGAUCAUAGCUCCCCCAGAGAGGAAGUAUUCCGUUUGGAUUGGGGGUUCCAUUCUGGCCAGCCUGUCUACAUUCCAGCAAAUGUGGAUCAGUAAGCAGGAAUAUGAUGAGGCUGGUCCUCCCAUAGUUCAUAGAAAAUGUUUCUGAAUGGUCUUCCAUGCUAGUAGGUUUACAUUUUUCCCUUCUCUGGGUCACAGUGAUGGUACUGCUUUUAUCCGCUUUCCUUUGAGUAAAGGUAAACACUCUGCUCUUGCUAGUGUAGAGCCAGCAAACUCAUCUCCAUCAAAGUAUUAUGGGCUCCUGCCCAGCUAACCACAUCUUGGCCUUUAUGAACUGAAGGAGAAUUCUAAUACUGUAUUCUAUUCUCUUUACCUAUAGGGUUCGAAGAAAUAUUGACAUGCUUAGGUGAAAAUGAGCGACAAGGAGUAAAAUUAUGAGAAAUUUCCUUUCAGAAUGGAUAACGAGCAUUACCAAGCCUUAGAAACUAGUUUACGCUUUAAAUAUUCAACAACAGGCUGGCCAUGUAACUCUAUAAAAAUGUGCAUGUUAGCAAACAUGUCUUAUUAGUAUUUUUGUUUUGCUUUUCUACUUUGUAUAGAGAUAAUGAAUUAUAUGGAUCAAUAUUAUCCAUAUGUACAUAAGCACCAGGGAAAUAUUAUAUCUUAAAAGACACUAAAUCUAGCUGUCUAAAUGGGAAUUUCUUAACUCCCCAAUAGCCACUGUUCUAGUAGCUACAUAUUUUAAUUGCUUCCCUUAUUAAAUAAGCAUAAUGAAACAGCCAAUAUUCCAUUAAUGUUGUUUAUAAA